CUCGGGCCGCCGAGUCAGUGCCGAGUGAGGGGCCGUCGCCCCGGGCCGGCCCCCUUCUUCCUCGAACUCGAGCCGCCCGCCUCGCUCCCGUUCCCACCAUGUCUGGCGGCGCCGCCGACCAGCAGAGCAGCGCGCCGGGCUCGCUGUUCCUCUCGCCGCCGGCGCCUGCCCCCAAGAAUGGCUCCAGCUCGGACUCCUCGGUGGGGGAGAAACUGGGCGCCGCGGCGGCCGACGCCGCAGCCGGACGGACGGAGGAGUACCGGCGUCGCCGCCAUACCAUGGACAAGGACAGCCGGGGGGCGGCCGCGACCACCACCACGGAGCACCGCUUCUUCCGCCGCAGCGUCAUCUGCGACUCCAACGCUACGGCGCUGGAGCUGCCCGGCCUCCCUUUGCCGCUGCCCCAGCCCGGCGCGGCUGCAGUGGUCCCGCAGCGGAGCCCCCCGGAGCCCCCGCGCGAGGAGACCUUGACCCCCGCUGCCGCCGCCCAGGUGGCCCAGCAGCCACCCGCCGCCGCCGCCGCCCCCGAAGAGCCGGUCGCCGCGGGCCCGGCCACCUCUUCGGCCCCGGGUAGCGCGGGCAAAGACCGCCAGGCUGUCCAGCCCGGCCCCGUGGGGAGCCGAGAGGAGCCUCCGUCGUCUAGAAGUGGCAGCGGCGGCGGCAGCGCCAAGGAGCCCCAGGAGGAACGGAGCCAGCAGCAGGAUGACAUCGAGGAGCUGGAGACCAAGGCCGUGGGCAUGUCCAACGACGGCCGCUUUCUCAAGUUUGACAUCGAGAUUGGCAGGGGCUCCUUUAAGACGGUCUACAAGGGUCUGGACACCGAGACCACCGUGGAGGUCGCUUGGUGUGAGCUGCAGGAUCGGAAGUUAACAAAGUCUGAGAGGCAGCGAUUUAAAGAAGAGGCUGAAAUGCUAAAGGGUCUUCAGCAUCCCAAUAUUGUUCGAUUCUAUGAUUCCUGGGAAUCCACAGUAAAGGGAAAGAAGUGCAUUGUGUUGGUGACUGAACUGAUGACAUCUGGAACUCUUAAAACGUACCUGAAAAGGUUCAAGGUGAUGAAGAUCAAAGUUUUGAGAAGCUGGUGCCGUCAGAUUCUUAAAGGACUUCAGUUUCUUCAUACUCGAACUCCACCUAUUAUUCACCGGGAUCUUAAGUGUGACAACAUCUUUAUCACUGGCCCCACAGGCUCAGUCAAGAUUGGAGACCUAGGUCUGGCCACCCUGAAGCGGGCUUCUUUUGCCAAGAGUGUGAUAGGUACCCCAGAGUUCAUGGCCCCUGAGAUGUAUGAAGAGAAGUAUGAUGAAUCCGUUGAUGUUUAUGCUUUUGGAAUGUGCAUGCUCGAGAUGGCCACGUCUGAAUACCCGUACUCAGAGUGCCAGAACGCUGCACAGAUCUACCGUCGAGUGACUAGCGGAGUGAAGCCAGCCAGUUUUGACAAAGUAGCAAUUCCAGAAGUGAAGGAAAUUAUUGAAGGAUGCAUACGGCAAAACAAAGAUGAAAGAUACUCUAUCAAAGACCUUUUGAACCAUGCCUUCUUCCAGGAGGAAACAGGGGUACGGGUAGAAUUAGCAGAAGAAGAUGAUGGAGAAAAGAUAGCCAUUAAAUUAUGGCUACGUAUUGAAGAUAUUAAGAAACUAAAGGGGAAAUACAAAGACAAUGAAGCUAUCGAGUUUUCCUUUGACUUGGAGAAAGAUGUGCCAGAAGACGUUGCUCAAGAAAUGGUAGAUUCUGGGUAUGUCUGUGAAGGUGACCACAAGACCAUGGCAAAAGCCAUCAAAGAUAGAGUAUCGUUAAUUAAGAGAAAACGAGAACAGCGUCAAUUAGUGCGGGAGGAGCAAGAAAAAAGGAAGCAGGAGGAGAGCAGCCUCAAGCAGCAGGUCGAGCAGCAGCCCAGCACCUCCCAGGCCGGAGUCCAACAGCCCCCUGCCACCAGCACUGGCGGACCCGCUCCCUCUGCUGUGUCUGCAUCCGUCUCCACGCAGGUAGAGCCAGAAGAGCCUGAGGCCGACCAGCACCAGCAGCUGCAGUACCAGCAGCCUGGUGUGUCUGUGAUAUCUGACGGGACAGUUGACAGUGGUCAAGGGUCUUCUGUCUUCACGGAAUCUCGAGUGAGCAGCCAACAGACAGUUUCGUACGGGUCCCAGCAUGAGCAGGCACCUUCCACUGGCGCCCCCCCAGGGCACACAGCAUCUGUUGUCCAAGCGCAGGCUCAGCCCCAUGCAGUAUAUCCACCCUCAAGUUUGCCUCAGUCCAUGGCGCAUCCGCGUGGGGGGACCCCAACAUACCCAGAAUCACAGAUAUUUUUCCCAACUAUUCAUGAACGUCCAGUUUCUUUUUCACCACCUCCCACCUGUCCACCGAAGGUGGCCAUUGCCCAGCGGCGUAAGAGCACCUCCUUCUUGGAAGCCCAAACUCACCAGUUCCAACCCCUGCUGAGGACUGUCGGCCAGAGUCUUCUUCCACCUGGUGGCAGCCCACCUAACUGGACUCCAGAGACUGUAGUCAUGUGGGGCCCUGCAGCCAGUAGAGUCGCUGGAGAGCUGUGUGAGGUGCAGGCCCAUCCUGUGUUUGAGCCAGCUCCAGUUUACAGUGACUACAGAGCUGGACUGGUGCUUCCAGAAGAAGCUCACUACUUCCUCCCUCCGGAAGCAGUGUAUCUAGCCGGGGUACAUUACCAGGCCCAGGUGGCAGAACAGUUUGAGGGUAUUCCAUACAGCUCACCAGUCCUGUCAAGUCCUAUGAAGCAGACACCUGAGCAGAAGCCAGUGCACGGGGGCCCCACCUCCAGUUCUGUCUUUGAAUUUCCAUCGGGACAGGCUCUCCUGGUAGGACACCUCCAGAAUGUAAGAUUAGAUUCGGGACUGAGCCCAGGCUCUCCCCUGUCUAGCGUUUCUGCACCUGUCAGUACAGAUGCCACACACUUGAAGUUUCACCCUGUCUUUGUUCCUCAUUCUGCACCUGCUGUGUUAACUCAUAACAACGAAAGCAGAAGCAGUUGUGUGUUUGAGUUUCACAUUCAUACUCCAAGCUCCUCUUCAGGAGAAGGAGAGGGAGGAGUUUUACCUCAGCGCAUUUACCGAAAUCGGCAGGUUGCUGUGGACUCGAACCAGGAAGAACCACCUCCUCAACCUGCAGGAUUACACAGCCGCCUGCAGCCUGUGACUGAAGAGCAGCAGACGCCCCAGGCCCCAGAGUUGACCAUCUCUGUGGUGGAGCCCACCGGACAGACCUGGCCCAUAGGAAGCCCAGAGUACUCCAGUGAUUCCUCCCAGGUCACUUCUUCAGACCCCAGUGAAUUUCAGUCACCUCCCCCUACAGGGGGAGCAGCUGCUCCUUUUGGCUCUGACGUCUCAUUACCCUUUAUCCGCCUGCCUCAGACAGUGUUGCAAGAAUCCCCACUCUUCUUCUGUUUCCCCCAAGGAGCCACCUCUCCGCAGGUUUUAUCCGCCUCAUUUUCUUCAGGAGGAUCUGCACUCCAUCCACAGGCACAGGGGCAGAGCCAGGGUCAGCCAUCUUCAAGUAGUUUAACAGGGGUUCCAUCCUCCCAACCCAUGCAGCAUUCUCAGCAGCAGCAAGGAGUGCAGCCGACAGCCCCCUCUCAGCAGGCGGCGCAGUAUCCGCUCCCUCAGGCAUCGGCCCCCAGCGAGGCCGCGAUUGCUCAGCCCGUGAGUCAGCCUCCACCUCCACAGGCCUUGCCACACGUGUCCGCGGGAAAACAGGGCUUCCCACCUCGACUGCCAUCACAGUACCCAGGAGACUCAAACAUUGCUCCCUCUUCCAGCGCAGCUUCUGUGUGCCUGCCUUCUGCAGUCCUGUCCCCUCCCAUGCCAACAGAGGCGCUGGCUGCCCCUGGUUACUUUCCUGCAAUGGUGCAGUCCUAUGUGGAGUCCAGUCUCUUGGUUCCUGUGGGCAGUGUAGGAGGACAGGUCCAGGUGUCCCAGCCGGCAGUGAGCUUAGCACAAGCCCCCACCACAUCCUCCCAGCAAGCAGCUCUGGAGAGCACUCAGGUCGUCUCUCAGGUGGCUCCUUCAGAGCCAGCUCCCGGGGCUCAGCCACAGCCUGCCCAGCCAGCCACGGUGGUCUCUUCUAUAGACAGCGCACACUCAGAUGUGGCUUCAGGCAUGAGUGAUGGCAACGAGAACGUCCCCUCGUCCAGCGGGAGGCACGAGGGCAGGACGACGAAGCGGCUGCAUCGGAAGUCUAUAAGGAGCCGCUCUCGUCACGAGAAGCCUUCCCGCCCCAAACUGAGAAUUCUCAAUGUUUCAAAUAAAGGAGAUCGGGUGGUAGAAUGUCAGUUAGAGACUCACAAUCGGAAGAUGGUUACAUUCAAAUUCGAUUUAGAUGGUGACAACCCUGAGGAGAUAGCCACAAUUAUGGUGAACAAUGACUUUAUUCUGGCACUGGAGAGAGAUGCGUUUGUGGAGCAAGUGCGGGAGAUCAUUGAGAAAGCUGACGAGAUGCUCAGUGAGGAUGUCAGCGUGGAGCCAGAGGGUGACCAGAGCUUGGAGAGUCUCCAUGGCAAGGAUGACUAUGGCUUCUCAGGCGCCCAAAAAUUGGAAGGAGAGUUCAAACAACCGAUUCCUGCAUCUUCCAUGCCACAACAGAUAGGCGUUCCUGCCAGUUCUUUAACUCAAGUUGUUCAUUCUGCUGGAAGACGGUUUAUAGUAAGUCCUGUGCCAGAAAGUCGAUUACGAGAAUCAAAACUUUUCACUGAAAUUUCAGAUACAGUUGCUGCUUCCACAUCUGCGGGCCCUGGAAUGAACUUGUCUCACUCUGCCUCGUCCCUUAGUCUGCAGCAGGCCUUUUCUGAACUUAGACACGCUCGGAUGGCAGAAGGGCCGAGCACGGCUCCUCCCCACUUUGGUCAGACAGGCCCCGUGUUUCCAGCAGUGCCUCCCCCACUGAGCAGCGCCCCUGGAGCCCCGGCCGCAGCAGCUGCAGCCUCAAUGUCAGCCCCUGCCCCGAGCCACCCUCUUAGUGACGUGGCCACGUCGGUCAUUCAGGCUGAGGUGACAGUGGCCCCUGGAACAGGUGUCAUGCCUCCCAGUGGUCUCCCUGUACCCCCUGCAUCUGAGUCCCUGGCACCUUCCAGCGUGGCCCCCAGCAUCACCAUCCCUGCAGUUCUCUCGGCACUGCCGGUGCCCCAGGCAGCGCAGGCUCCCACCCCCGGCGGCGGGGCCUCCAGUGCAGGCACUUUCCCCUCUGCACCUGCAUCCCUGGCACCAGCCUCUGCUGUAGGCAGUGCUGUUGCCUCUGCUGCUCAGCUUCCACCUGUGCCGUCUCAGCCCGCGGCAGGCAGCUCGGCCGGGGUGGCCACGCUGACAGCCGUGCCCGCUGCCGCUCUGGGCCCCAGCCUCAUGGCACCGCCGUCCCUUGCUCUCAGCAGCAGCACCUCCGCCCCGGCUCUGGCGGAAACAGUGCUGGUCAGUGCCCACGCCCUGGAUAAGACAGCUCACAGCAGCACCACUGGACUGGCUCUGCCCCUUCCUGCCACCUCGUCCUCUCCCGCCCCCGGAGCAGGAGUGUCCAGUGCUGUUUCUCAGCCUGCUGCUGCGGCUCACCCUUUGGUUCUCCCCUCAGUCAUAGCCUCUACUCCCGUACUCUCCCAGGCAGGACCCGUGUCAACACCCCUGCUGCCCCAGGUACCCGGCAUCCCACCCCUGGUACAGCCUGCUGUCAGCGUGCCUGCCGUGCAGCAGACCCUGGUUCAUAGUCAGCCUCAGCCUGCUCCACUCCCCAACCAGCCCCACACUCACUGUCCUGAGAUAGACACUGACACUCAACCCAAAGCUCCCGGGAUCGACGAUAUCAAGACUUUGGAGGAAAAGCUGCGAUCUCUCUUCAGUGAGCAUGGCUCAUCUGGAGCCCAGCAUGCCCCCGUCUCGCUGGAGACCUCGCUCGCUGUGGAGACCGCAGUCACAGCAGGCCUCCCGACCGCUGCUGUUGCACCAAGCAAGCCUCUGACUUCCUCUGCCAGUACUUGCUUGCCGCCAGCCAGUCUGCCCUUAGGAGCAGCUGGCUUAUCAGUUAUACCAACGGUCACUCCUGGGCAAGUUUCCACCCCAGUCAGCUCUGCGCCAGGAGUGAAACUGGAAACUCCUCCAGCAAAGCCACCUUUAACUAAGCCUCCAGUGCUGCCCGUGGGCACUGAACUUCCAGCUGGUACUCCGCCCAGCGAGCAGCUGCCACCUUUUCCGGGACCUUCACUAACUCAGCCCCCGCAGCCCCUGGGAGACCUGGACGCUCAGCUGAGAAGAACCCUCAGUCCCGAGACUGGUGUGCUGACGUCUGCCGUUGGUCCCGUGUCUGUGGUGGCUCCAGCAGCAGUUGUGGAGACAGGAGCCCAGCUUCCGAAGGAUGUUGUUUCAGUCUCUCAAGUGACAGAAGCUCCUGUCCUUGCACCCACUUCCACAGCUGGUGUUCUGAAGAUGGGGCGAUUUCAGGUUUCCGUUGCAAUGGAUGAUCCCCAAAAGGAGGGUAAAAGUAAGUCAGAGGACGUCAAGUCUGUCCACUUCGAAUCUAGCACGUCAGAGUCCUCAGUUCUGUCAAGCAGCAGCCCCGAGAGCACCGUGGUGAAGGCAGAGCCCAAUGGGCUGGCCAUCCGGGGCGCCUCUGCAGAUGUGCUGGACAGCGCCCGCCCGCCGCCCACCUCAGAAGCUGGGCAGCCUAGCAGGGUUGGCCGCUUCCAGGUGACCACCACAGCGAGCAGAGUGGGCCGCUUCUCUGUGUCCAGAACCGAAGACAAGAUGGCUGAGGUGAAGGGAGAGGAGCCAGUGGCCUCUCCUUUCGUGGACUCGGAACACGACCUCCCUCCCACCAUGACGCCAAAGAAAGAGAAACCCGAGCUGUUGGAGCCUUCACAUCUGAACGGGCCGUCUUCCGACCUGGAGGCCGCCUUCCUCAGCCGGGACGCGGGUGCCGGCUCAGGGAGCCCCCACUCCCCGCCGCAGCUGAGCCCCAAGGGCCUUCCUGCCCCGAGCCUCAGUCAGAGCCUCAGCAACUCCUUCAACUCCUCCUACGUGAGCAGCGACAACGAGUCAGACAUUGAAGACGAGGACUUAAAGUUAGAGCUUCGCCGACUACGGGAAAAACAUCUUAAAGAGAUUCAGGACCUGCAGAGUCGCCAGAAGCAUGAAAUUGAGUCUUUAUACACCAAACUGGGCAAGGUUCCUCCCGCUGUCAUCAUUCCCCCAGCAGCCCCCCUUGCAGGGAGAAGGAGGCGACCUACCAAAAGCAAAGGGAGCAAGUCCAGUCGCAGCAGCUCUUUGGGGAAUAAAAGCCCUGGACCAGGUACCCUGUCUGGUCAGAGCGCAGCUUCAGUCUUGCAUCCUCAGCAGACCCUCCCUGCUCCCGGCAGCGUCCCGGAGACAGGGCCCAACCAGCUGUUACAGCCCGUGAAGCCAUCUCCUUCCAGUGACAACCUGUAUUCGGCCUUCACCAGUGAUGGUGCCAUUUCAGUACCAAGCCUUUCUGCUCCAGGUCAAGGGACCAGCAGCACCAACGCCGUUGGGGGAGCUGUGAGCAGCCAGGCCGCCCCGGCUCCGCCUCCUGCCGUGACGUCCAGCAGGAAGGGCACGUUCACGGAUGACCUGCACAAGCUGGUGGACAACUGGGCCCGGGACGCCAUGAGUCUCUCAGGCAGGCGGGGAAGCAAAGGACACGUGAGCUAUGAGGGCCCUGGCAUGGCAAGGAAGUUCUCCGCGCCCGGUCAGCUGUGCGUCUCCAUGACCUCAAACCUGGGCGGCUCUGCCCCCGGCUCUGCAGCGUCAGCUACCUCUCUAGGGCACUUCCCCAAGUCCAUGUGCCCCCCUCAGCAGUACGGUUUCCCUGCCCCCCCGUUUGGCACGCAGUGGAGUGGGACGGGUGGCCCGGCACCCCAGCCGCUUAGCCAGUUCCAGCCUGUGGGAACAGCCUCCUUACAGAAUUUCAACAUCAGCAACUUGCAGAAAUCCAUCAGCAACCCCCCAGGUUCCAACCUGCGGACCACGUAGACCCGAGGCGAUCCUGGGGCAGGUUUGGGGGCAGGAGAUGGAAUGUGGGGGGUGGGGGGGAAUAGCCUGUAUGCUAACUACUAGUGCUGCAUUUAACUGGUCAUUUCUUGCCAGAAAGGAAUGUUUUAAUCCCGCUUAGAGCCCUUGGAGUGGACUCUCCCCUGCCCUCACCGCCGCCUGGAGUGGGAGGAGAGAGGGCAGCUGUCUUGUGUGCUUUGUCGUCGCCCAGACCCAGCAGUGAGCGCUUGGGAAGUCGGGUUGGUCAGAAGGCUCCUAGAGAGCUCUGGAAAAGCAGAGCCGUCUGCAUUUUCAUGUGGUGGGGCUCUUCAUUGUGGGAGCCACCCCAGCCCCUUACUUACUCCCUCAAGAAUAUAAACCACAAGACAAAAAAUUUAAACUAUCGGGCUCUCUCCUACCCUGUCGCCCCCACUGUUUUUUUUUCUCCUGUCUCCCCCUACCCCCCACCUCAAUCCAACCAAUCUUUAGAACCCAGUGAAGACACCAGGGGAGGGAUGGAGGUUUCAGCCCUUUCUUACAAUAGGUCAUUAGUGCUUUAAGCAAAUGAUACUCGCAGCUUUGACUGCAGCAUUAGCAAUUAGGAAAAAAAUUAAGUUCCCUGCGGACAUGUAACUUUGCCAUCAGUUUUGAUGUGGAAACACUGUGAUGUAUAAAUGUUGUUGGACAACAGUAGUUUAAGAGUAAAAUAUGAAAGGCUUAAAAAGGCUAGCUCUGUCCUUACUUACUGAGGUUUCACUUUUCCCCUUUGUAUCUCCAUUGUACUAGAUAAAUAAAUGUGAAUGUACACUUGUAAAGUCACUCGACUUGAAUCCUUCCGUCCUCCCAGUGCCGCUUGCUGGACGCUUAGUGCCUUGGACUUCUGUCGCUUCUGCCGUUGCAUCAGCUUCUCGUCAGACCGUGGUCCGCGAGGGCGUGUGGAAGGACAGCGUGGGUCCGUGUGACCCGGCAGUGGACUAUGUUGUAAGGAAACUGGAAGGGUAUUUUUUUUCAAGUCAUUUAACAAUUUUGUAAGAUGAGCAGGAUGAGAAGUUAAGUUGACAUCAGUGGUUAAAGCAGAAAACUGUUUCAGGACAAGUGAGGAGGGAUGCUGUCACCAAAUCGGGCAGUUAACAGACUGAGUGUGGUGUGCGAUAGGUGCUGAGAGGCUAGAGGCUGGAGAACAGACGUGUUCUGAAGACUUGGUGCUUGGCCAGCGGCUGCCCUAAGCCUUACUUACCUGCGCUGGGCUUGAACACAGAAGAUUGAGAAGAAAUGGCUGAAGAGAAAGGAAGGGGGUGGGGGCUAGUUUUUAAGUUGGGAGGUGUGAUAGUGAAACGUCUCAGAUGGAGAAAGUUGCUCUAAGAAAAAUUGUUUGGCUUGCUUUCCUCUUGGUGCAAACGUAGCGUGUAUUUCUCAACGUGGGGUCCUGCAGUUUGUGGCAGGUGGUCCCACAUCUGAAAUAAGCACUGCAGGAAUGGCUGCUUGUUCCUCCUCACUUCUGUAUAAUGUCCAGAGGGUUGCAGGGUCAUAAUCUCCUGGCUACCUGUGUUUCUAGAAUGACAAUGGAUACUCUCAUAUAAAGAGAGACUCCCCUCAAGUAAUAACUGCAACCAGCCAGUAUUAUUUAGUGCUAUGUCUAGUUGUGAUGGGCAGUUUUAUUUUCAGAAACUUCAGGAAAUACUCUCCCAAUUGCCUGUUUUGGGGAUCUCUGUUCUCCCAGCAGAUGGGGCAAGAAGCCAGGACUCUUAAUCUUGGGGUGCUGCUUCUCUUGACUCUCAGCCACCUCAGUGGCCCACCCCAGGAAUCUCCCAUGACAGGAAGAGCCUGGCUGUCCCGUCCUUCAUUGGCCAUUUUCUUUAUUAAGUUAGCAAGGCCCCAAAGAUACAAAUGAAAGCUGAGGUUUUAGGAAGGUAAGAGAUGAGAAGGGCAGGUGCUCCAAGCUUUGCUUUGAAAGCUUUGCUUUUACUUUCUCUCUGCCUAUAAUCCUCGGGAAAUGGUAAGAGUAAGGACAGAACAAGAAGUGCCGAGGAAAUGGGAAACAGAUACCUGGACAGAGGAGACAGGACUUUGUACCAAAGGAGGGAGCCAAAUGCAGCACGACUGUCUUGUCACUUUGGUUUAAUGAUUUUGAGGUCUCUUCACGCACAUGGAAAGUAAGAACUGGUUUUACUUACUGUUGAUUUUUUUUCCCCUCCUGUGGAUGAAAUAACAAGCCUAGAGGAAUGAACCAGUGCUACUGAACUGUUUAAAUUAUUUUCGUGUUAAUAGUACACUUUGAGUAUCUUUUUCCACAUUAAAAAAAUCUUUCUGAAUUAUAAAUGUUUUCCUUACAUUAUUUAACAAUGUACACUGUUUAAAAAAAAAAUAAACUGAAUUCAAACCUUAGGGAUUCUUGGCAGCUGUCACUCCUGUUUGGCACUAACUGUGGGUUGCACUUUCUGCUUGUGGACAUGUGAUGAAGCCAUUCGAAUAAACCGAACUUGGUUUUGUUGA